GGAAGCGCCGUUUCCCAGUCGUCCGCCGAUUCGCUGACCGCGGUUCCGCCUUCGCUCGCCAACGUCACACGAACUAGGAAGCAGUCGAAGUGAUCUGACGUUAAGGGUCUGCAUUAGUCGAUGCACUUGAAAAACAGUGGGGGCAAAAAAAAAUAGAGAUUUCAAAGGAGACGGUAUUGUAAUCAAUGACUGCGUUGUUACUGAAUGGCAACGUCGGAGUCUCGCUUCAAUGACGCGGAUCCGGGGAGCCGCCACGCCGGCGAUUCUGCCGGCAAAGGGCGCAGUGACGUGAGGGAGGCGAGCACGCAGACAGACGCCAAAGUGCAAGGUCACGGACCCAGACUUUCCAAAGUUAAUUUGUUCACGUUACUGAGUCUCUGGAUGGAACUUUUCCCCAGAAAGGAGAAAGAAACUUUCCCAACACAAACUGAAAGAUGGCAGGUCCGAAGCACAGGGCUGGUGGUGGUUCAGGGACGCAGUGUCACAGGUCUGCACUGCUCCAGCAGGGACCUGCACGCAGGUCAGAUUGCUGUGCUUAAACAUGGCCCAAGACUCAGGGGCUGUGACCUCUACUUUUCUAGAAAGCCCUGCUCCACGUGCCUGAAGAUGAUCAUCAAUGCUGGAGUCCAUCAGAUAUCUUACUGGCCAGGCGACCCAGAGAUGAGCCUCCUGACAGGUUCUGGUGACAGCAGCCAUGACUGCAGUUCCCAGGAGGCUGUGCUGGACGCCAGGGCAGCGGAGAGGCUGAAGUCCAACAGCCGGCCGCACAUCUGCGUCCUCCUCCAGGCGCUACCCAGUGGCAUGCAGCAGUUUGUGGAGGAAACCUCCAAAGACUGUGACUUCCUGGGCAGGAUUGCUCAGGAUGAUCGAUGCCUGGAUGUGGGGGGUCUCUUCAGGGAGGAGCAGAAGCGCAAUCUGGGUGAUUUCAACACAGCGUUCUUUGUCCAAGACCAGUCAGAGCAUCGUGGCAUCCUUACCAAAAUGGGGCUGGAGAACUUCUGCAUAGAGCCCUAUUUCAGCAACCUGCGGCAGAACAUGAGGGACCUGAUUACAGUGCUGGCCUCUGUGGCGUCCAGCCUCCUGGAUCACGGCCAACGUUACGGCUUCUAUGGCAACGGCCCCGCAGAUCCCGGCAGGCCGCUGUCGCAGGUCAUCGCUAAACACUGCAUCAUACAAGCUCAGCUGCUGGCAUACAGGACUGAGGAUCCCAAAGUGGGGGUUGGUGCCGUUAUAUGGGCGGAAGGGAAAUCUGGGAACUGCGACGGGACGGGGCACAUGUACCUCGUGGGCUCUGGGUACAACGCCUACCCAGUGGGCUCAGAGUACGCCGAACUCCCCCAGAUGGACGACAAGCAGCAGGACCGGCACAGCAGGAAGUACAGAUACAUCAUCCACGCUGAGCAGAACGCCCUGACUUUCAGGUGUGCGGAGCUCAGGGAGGACGAAAACACGACUAUCUUUGUCACGAAAUGCCCAUGUGACGAGUGUGUGCCUUUGAUUAAGGGGGCCGGCGUCAAGCAGAUAUACACCUCAGAUAUGGACAGUGGCAAAGACAAGCAUGACAUCUCAUACCUCCAGUUUGACAAUCUCCAGGGAGUGCAGAAGUUUGUUUGGCAGAGGAAUUCACAAGUUUGUCCAGGGCAGCUGAAUUCUUGUUUGUCCAAUGGCUGCAUGGGGAAGCACAACAGAGAGUCAGAGGAGGAUCACCCCCUGCUGAGAUAUUUGGGAUAUUUACGGAGUGUUGGAAUCAUGCUCAGGAAUCGUUUACAAUGCAUUGUGAAAUGGAUUUUGCAGAAAUCUCAAAGCAGGCAAACCUCUGGGACAAAAGGUUGCACAUUGAGUGUUUGCACAAGGCAUAUGUUUAUAUUAAGUCAUAAAACAAACAUGAACGUGUCACUUUCUGCAUUUAAACAUUUUUAUUCGACCAGACUGAGGACCCGUUUGUCACACCAAUUAAUCUGACUCCUCCUGUGUAACAUUUCAGUAAACUGAUUUUAAAUAAACGUAAAGGAUGAAAUAUAUAAUAAAAAUGUGUGUUACAACAAUUAUCUGCAAAAAACAGCCUACUCGAGAACUGGAUUGAUGGCAAGGAAAGGAAAAAAAAAACAUUAAAUCACAGAAGUAAAGCUUA